GUUUUUAAAAAUACUGACAUGAAAACAUAACCAUAACCCUACAUAUUGCUGACAAAUCCUUCGCCCCAUCAACUUUUCAGUUUACUCAAGAUAAAAUACCAAAAUGGGAAGAAGAUACUAUUGCGAUUAUUGUGAAAUAAACUUCAUAGAUGAUUUGGACGCCAGAAAAAAACAUUUACAGAGUAUACACCACAUAAAAUUGAGAAAUUUGCAUUAUGAGAGUUGUAGAGAUCCGGAAACAAUAUUAAGAGAAGAGUUAUUAAAAAUACCCUGCAGAAGAUUUGCUCAAUAUGGAAGCUGCCAAUUUGAAGGAAACUGUAAAUACACACACUACUCUCCAGAGGAUCUCUGCUACCUAAGACAGCAAGUGGAAGAAAUGCAGGAAAAAAGAAGAAAAAAACUUGAAGAAGUGCCUGAAGUACCAAGUAUAGAAUCAUGGUACCAGAGUCAUAAUGAGAAGCAUAAGGACGAUUCUGAUAUUGCCACACCUUUCUGGACAUAUCCUGCAAUCUUAGAAUCUAGGACUGAUCUACCACCAUCACUAGUUAAGUUUAAACAGGAACAUUUUGUUGAUGUAACUUUUGAAGAGUGGGGGAAAUAAAUUAUUAUCGCAAAUUUA